GAAGUGUCGGGGCUAGCAUCGUUUGAUCGCUGAGUGAUUUUUCCGUCGGUUGUUACGUUGUAUCCGGACGGUGUAUUCGCUGCAUUGAGCCUCCUCCGAGCUGCGGCAGUAUGACGGCUCAUUCAUUCACCGUGCCCAUGAUCGUCUUCACUACCUUCUGGGGUUUGAUCGGGAUCGCCGCCCCUUGGUUUGUGCCAAAGGGCCCUAAUCGAGGCGUGAUCAUUACCAUGCUGGUGACCACCGCCGUCUGCUGCUACCUCUUCUGGCUGGUGGCCAUCUUGGCUCAAGUGAAUCCCUUGUUUGGACCACAACUGAAAAACGAUACCAUUUGGUACGUCCGGUUCCACUGGGAAUGAGCGAGUCGGAGUGGCCAGUAUCAGCCGAGAACUUCCAGGUUUUCCCGAAGUUGUGAUGUAUGAUCCCUAUUCCUGAGCCCAAAUGUUUCGUUUUCGGCUAUACCGUGUAGUGCAAAACCAGGUGAACACAGAAACCCACUUGGGCGAGUCCAGCAAGUCUCCGUACUCACACUCAUACUCACAUCUCUGAACCCGGGCUUCAAACUUAUCAUGGAUUCGGUUACCGCCAACUCAAAACGGACCACGACAGCGUCACGGACACGAUGUAACAUAUUCCUUAAUACACGGCUUAUUGUCUUGCGUAUGGAUCUGACCGUUUCGGUGCGUCCACAGGGUUCCUGAUGCCAUCAGGUCUUUUCAUACAAUUUGGUCACAAUAUUAAAAACCCAAACAGUCAGUUUUUAAGUUAUUAUAGAAAACAAAUAAUGAACGGAUGGAAUUUUUGUUGUUGUUGUCGGGACAAACGCCGGUUCCAGAAUGUAGCUCCAAGUGAGACAAAGUGAUGAAUAUAUUUGUGAUAUUAGAGCAUGUACAUUUUUUGUCAAUAUUGUCUUAAUAAAUUAUGUGGUGUA